AGGAGCCGAGCGCCCUGGAGGCCGUGCCGGGACCGAGCCGGGGUCCGGGCGCCGCCACUAUGGACAUCCCGCCGCUGGCCGGCAAGAUCGCGGCUCUGUCGCUCGGUGCCCUCCCCUGGUCCUAUGCGCUCAACCACGUCUCGGCGCUCUCGCACCCCCUGGGGCUGGCAUUGGUGAGUGCCUUGAUCCUGGGUCUGCUUUUUGUGGCUAUCUACAGUUUGUCCCCCGGCGAGAUCUACUAUGACCCCCUCUAUGCUGGUGAGUCAGUCGGAGAGAACUGUGUGAGCAGGGGCCUCCGCCAUCCCCUUGAAGGGCUCCCAUCAGGCUGGAGAACCUCAAAAAGACUGGAGAAACUUCAUUGGUUGGGGAACCUCAGAGGGCCUACCCCUUCAGACGUGGGGCUCCUGAGAGCAGGACUGUAUCUUCCCAUCAGACUGGGAACCUCUGAAAGACCACACUCCCUCAUCACUUGGGAUUUCCUGAGGGCAGGGUCAGUGCCUUCUCAGCCUGAGGCCUCCCAAAGGCAGGGACUGUGCCGCCUCAAGAGGCAGGGCUGUCGGUCCUGUGACCUGUGGAGGGGCGACUGGGAGCAGUUGGGUGUGGUUCCUUGCCUGGACUCUGGUUCCCAGACAAGUGGCCUCAGGCCUCCCCCACGUCCGGGCCAUGCCCUGCCCACUCUCCCCACAGUGUUCGCUGUCUUUGCUUUCACCUCGGUGGUGGACCUCCUUAUUGCUCUCCAGGAAGAUGGCUACGCGGUGGGCUUCAUGGAGUUCUUUACCAAGGAGGGAGAGCCGUAUUUGCGCACUGCACAUGGAGUCUUCAUCUGCUACUGGGAUGGCACGGUUCACUACCUCCUCUACCUGGCCAUGGCUGGUGCCAUCCACAGAAGGAAGAGAUACCGGAACCUUGGACUGUACUGGCUGGGAUCUUUCAUCAUGAGCAUCCUGGUGUUCCUCCCAGGAAACAUCCUUGGUAAAUACAGCUCAGAGAUCAGACCUGCCUUCUUGCUUGCCAUCCCCUAUGUGCUAGUCCUAUGCUGGGCUGGCACGAGGGUCUUCAACCAGUCCCGGGCACCAACCUGCUGUACCCCCGAUGUGGUACAGGAGGAACAAAGAAAGGGCAUCCUGCGACGCCCGGUUGACCUGGCCCUUGUCAUGUACCUCACCCUCGCUGGGUUCUUCACCCUCUUCCGGGGCCUGGUGGUGCUUGACUGCCCCACAGAUGCCUGCUUUGUCUACAUCUAUCAGUACGAGCCCUACCUACAGGACCCUGUGGCCUAUCCGAAGGUGCAGAUGCUAGUGUACAUGUUCUACGUGCUGCCCUUCUUUGGCCUGGCUGCCUAUGCCCUCAUCUUCCCUGGCUGCUCUUGGCUGCCUGACUGGGCCUUGGUGUUUGCUGGAGCUGUUGGCCAGGCACAGUUCUCGCACAUGGGUGCCUCCAUGCACGUGCGCACGCCCUUCACCUACCGUGUGCCUGAUGACGCCUGGGCCUGCUUCUUCGGGUGCAACCUGCUGUAUGCGCUGGGUCCCCAUCUGCUGGCCUUCCGCUGCCUGUGGCGGCCUGCUUUCUUCCUGCGCCCACCCCCUGGUCCCCUGGACCGCCACAAGAAGGAUCACUGAGAGUGCUGGGGACUCCCCAGGACUCUGUUUCCAUGCCCAGACAGCCCUGCUCUGGGAAGGGUGGGCUGGGUCUUUUAGAGGCAGGAAGUACAUCUCCAGGUGUCUUUGGUCCUGGCUAUGGUGGUAUCAGGCCAACGCAUGGGAUGGGACAACUAGGGGCCAGAUGUUCCCUUUAGAGCCAGACACGCUCAGCUGUCACGGUAGCCCAAUCCCACACGGACUGUUCUACUCCAGAAUUUACCCAUCAUACCCCCAUGGAUCCUUUUAGUAAAAAAUAAAACAAAACAAAGCAAAACAAAAACAAACAAAAAAAUCUUUUGAUGCCCAAAUAUUGCUGCUGCCUGAGUGUUUCGGGAUUCAGAGGUGAGGGACCUGCUUCUCAGACCCCAUGAGGUCCUACCCAUCACUGCCAGCACGAACAUCAGGAACUGGAGGUACUGGCCAGCAGAAGUCUGCCUCUGGUUGGCGUGCACAGCUCCAUCUUCCAGAUGGGGAAAACUGAGGCUCAGAGAGGUCCAAAGACCUGCCUGAGGUCGCAAUCAGGAGAGAAACAUCCAAAAUCCAAGCUCUGACAAUAAAUUAUAAUAACUAA